AUGGAUUCUAUGUUCAUUAGAAAAAAUGCAAAUUGUUUUUUAUUAUUUGAAUUAAACGACAAAGAUUUAUCUCAAAUCAUUCAGUCGAUAAAUCACGGAAUGGACAGAGAUGCAUUUAAAAAGGUUUGUAAAGCUCAAUGGAAAAACCCAGAUGACUAUGGAUAUGUAUUUGUAAAUACUAGAAAACCUGCAGGUGAAAGAGUUAUAAUCGACGAUUGGAAUAAUAUUUUAAAAAGAAAUAGAGAAUAUGUCAAAGCUAAGAAUAACAUAAAGACCCAAGUUGAAAAUAACAAAUUACAACAACUUGGAUUAACGGAAAAUCUACAAACUCUAUUUCAACCCAUUUUAAAAUCUCAAGAGGGUAUUAAAAAGAGACUCAUCACUCCUAUAGAACCCAUAGCUCCUAUAGAACCUCCCAAAGCGAUUGAAUAUGAUGGUAUUAUAAUUAGGACAAUAGAUGAUAUAAAUCGUCUUUUUUCAAACCCUAAAGCAGAUUUACCAAAGAGUAUUACACCAAUCAUUGAUGAUGAGGGGUUAUUGUUUAAUGGAUUUAGAAUUAAAUUUAGGGCAAAUUCCCCUAUAUUCAAAAUCGACACAAAAAACUUAAUAUUUACAUUAACGACAGGAUUAAUAGAUUUAAUGAAUGGCGGAAGAUUUAAAACAGUUGAAACAUAUUUAAAUAAAGUUAUUCCUGAUGAAGAGGAAUCAGAUGAUUAUGCAGAAGAUUAUCCACCAAUCAUACAAGAAAUAGACGAAUUCGAAGAUAUGGUAUCUGGAGAAGGUAUAACGUUUUUAUCCGACAACAACGAAGAAUUGCUUAAUAGAUUACGACUAAUAUUAGCGGCAAUGAAGGAAGGCCAUCGAUCGCACAGACAAUAUAAUGAAGUAAAUUGUAUACUAAAAAGACUCCUAGAAAAAGGUAUCAUAGAUAAAAAUGAUUAUAAAAGCGUAAUAAAAAAUGUCAAAUAA